AUGUUCGAGUUGGAGGUUAACUCCUCUGCGUCCACCAUGAGCAACUACUCGGUGUACUUUCUACUGCAGAACAACGGCCUAGACUUGAACUGUUCGGUGUACUCACUCACACUGGGGCUGCUCAUCUACACAGACUACUACUACCAGGCGAGACUGGGGAACGUUACUGAAUUUCUCCCAGCCUACUAUGCUACCAACUGCUCUAUUGAUGAACUAGCUAAUCAGAUAAAAAACCAGAACCUCAGCGCUAUCGAUGUGCUGGAAUGGGUCGAUGAAUUCCAGCGAAACCCUUACAAUGUGGCCGACAACGGAGACUCCUUCGUGGCGCUUCUAUUCACCAUCCUGGCACUGUGUGUUUCGUGCUGGAUGCUCAUGUUGAUGUUUCUGUUGCUGCCGAAACAUAAGCGUAAACCUGUGCUUACACUCUUGGCUACAUUAUUCUACCUGGUUGUGCUCACAGCCAUUCUCUCAAAGAUUACUGAGGUGGCACGGGAUGAGUACUACGCAGACUCGUUGGACAUGAUCAAGAUUCUCGGCAUAGUCAACGAGCGAAAGGCUUACUCGGUGAGUUUGAUUGUGUCUUAUUUUUUGACAAACUUGGCCAUCUUACAACAGGUGGUGAAGUUGACUGCUCCACGGUGGAAACGUGCUAACGCCUACCUUGGUGCAGCCCUUGUUGUGGUGUUCUUGGUGCUUUCGGCCUUAGAGAAGUCUCAAGUAAGUGACUAUUUCACUUAUGUUUAUACCGAGAGGACGGUUACUUUCACGGCCAAGUCAUCAUUUCGCCUAGUUAUCCUCGUAUGGUGGUGUGUGGCUCUCGCAUAUCACACCAUCUGGGGCACAGCUUCCAGUCCGUUCCAGGUCUCCUACUCGAAGAAGCUCAUGCCAUUGGUAGUGUUGACGUUGGUGAUGAUGAUGGUGCAUUUCGUGUUGAGUUUAUUGGUGGUUACUGAAUGGAGAGACCAGUGGCUUAUAACGUCGUGGAUCACCUUCAUUCCACAUCUCUUGGAUAUGUUCUUAUUAACUUGCUCGUGGGAGUGGUAUUACUCCAUUCGUGACUUGGAGCUGAAGCUCGAGCUAGUGGGGAUGUUGGGCCGUCCAAUCAGCUUGGAUGAUGUGAUGGGAUUCAGCAAUACCAGUCCUACGAAACGUGCCAGCAUCCGGGGCAGAUUUCAGUCUUUCCUUGACUUUUUCUUGAUCAGAAGUCAUCAGGAUCCAGAACCCUAUACGAAGGAUAUUCCCAGCACUACGACUUACUCCAACUCUACGGCGUUGGAAACGCCUUCACCGGCGACACAGCUUGCAUCUCAAGAUGAGGAAAUAGACUUGGGAGAGAGAAUACCGAUGACAGAGUUAGCCAUCGAGAGCGUCGGCAACAAAACUCUUCAUCAAACAGACAAUGUACAUGAAAUUACUGGCCGCAACAAUGAGGGGGUUGACGGCAAUCACGAUAAUGAUGACGAUGACGAUGACGAAGAUGACGAUUACAGCUAUGAGGUCGAGUAUAUCGACAAUGAUGAUAUGUGGAACGAAGAUAGCGACCACAUCUACGCUAAUACCACUGACACUGCGGGCAUCCCAGGCGUUGGUCAUUCAGGAAAUGCUGGCAUUUCCGGUUCACAAGUCCACAACUCGGACAGUAGUCUUGCUGGUCAAGGCGAAUUGCCCUCUUUUAGAGCACAUCCAGGCUUCCAUGCGGACGAUUAUUGGGAUGAUAAGUAA